AUGGAGUCCUCUAAACUCUUCACGCCGCUCAAGGUGGGCUCCAUCAACAUCGCCCACCGCAUCACCCUGCCACCAAUGACCCGCUUCCGCGUCGACGACGGCCACAUCCCGCAAGAGCAGGUGGCCGAGUACUACGCCCAGCGCGCCGCCGUCCCAGGCACCCUACUCAUCACGGAAGCCACGCUGGUCUCGCCCCGACCAGGCGUGUACACGAACGUCCCCGGGCUCUGGAGCAAGGAGCAGAUCGCGCAGUGGCGCAAGGUCACGGACGCCGUGCACGCAAAGGGCAGCUUCAUCUACAACCAGCUCUGGGCGCUUGGGCGCGUCGCAGACCCCGAGGCAACGAGGAAGGAGAACGGGGCGGAUGCGCGCGUCAUGAGCAGCAGUGCGACGCCGCUUGAUCCGAAUGGGGAACCGCCCAAGGAGAUGAGCGAGGAGGAUAUUGCCGGCGUGAUUGCGGACUUUGCGAGCGCUGCGAAGAAUGCGAUUGAGGCGGGUUUUGACGGUGUAGAGAUCCACGGUGCCAAUGGGUAUCUUGUUGAUCAGUUUAUUCAGAAGGCUGUCAAUAAGCGCGGUGAUCGCUGGGGUGGGAGCGUCGAGAACCGCGCGCGGUUCCCGCUCGAGGUGAUCAAGGCUGUUGUCGAGGCGAUUGGUGCGGAGCGCACGGCUAUCCGGUACAGUCCCUGGAACAAGUUCCAGGGGAUGGGCGUCGACUCGGAUGAGGAGCUUAUCGCGCAGUUCGGGUACUUGGCCAAGAAGACGGCGGAGUUCAAGCUUGCGUUUGUGCAUCUUGUUGAGGCGCGGAUUGCGGGGAAUACGGAGACGGACGACACCGCUGGCCGGAAUCUGCAGUUCUUCUUCGAUGCGUAUAACCGCGCCGGACCGAUUAUGGUUGCUGGAGGGUAUGUGGGCGAGACUGCGCGCGAGGCUGCCGAUGUGCAGUACAAGGACUAUGAUGUUAUGAUUGCCAUUGGGAGGCCGUGGACUGCCAACCCAGAUCUUCCUUUCAAGGUGAAGAAGGGGAUUCCCUUGCGCCCCUAUGAGCGGGAGCACUUCUACACCGUGCGCAGCCCCAAGGGAUACAUUGAUUAUGAGUUCAGCGAGGAGUUCAAGGCGUCUGCUGGUGCUCGGCUGUGA